GCGGUGAAUCAACCAAGUUUCUCAAUGUAGCAGUUGCCUAGGAUAAAAGCAUGUUUGCACUAUUUUUUAUUUUAUUUUUUUUUUUUGUAGUGGGGAUUGAACCCAAGAACACUUAGCACUGAGCCACAUCCCCAGUCCUUUUUUAUUUUUUAGUUUAUUUUGAAACAGGAUCUCUCUAAGUUGUUUAGGGCCUCUUGAAACUUUGUGAGGCUGGCCUUUAAGUUGAGAUUCUCCUGCCUCAACCUCCUGAGUUACUGGGAUUACAGACGUAUGCCAGGUGGCUGUGCCAUUUUUUAAAACUGGAAAAUAUAGCCAUGCUAAUUAUCUAACAAGGCACAAUCCACUCCAUAAAUUUCAUUGUAUCAAUCAGUAGGUAAACCAAGUCCCUGUUAUGAUUCUCCCAUUAGAGAAUAUGGGUCUAGGCACAAUAGCAUGAAAUAAAAACGAAGCAAGCCUAAUUGGGUUCAAAGGUAAAGAAUGGAAUAAUAGGCUGUGGGCUGGUGGGCUAGAGGGAUGGUCAAUGAGGAAAAAGACCGGAUGUUUGAGGAGGAAAAUGAAGAAAUUGGGGGAGGUACAGAAGGUAGACAGACUAAAAGAUAUUUUUUUUCUAAAGAAUUACGAUGUGUGAUGUAUGGGUUUGGGGAUGACCAGAAUCCUUACACUGAGUCAGUGGAUAUUCUUGAAGACCUUGUAAUAGAGUUCAUCACUGAAAUGACUCACAAGGCAGUGUCAAUUGGAAGACAAGGUCGAGUACAAGUUGAAGAUAUCGUCUUCUUGAUUCAGAAGGACCCAAGGAAGUUCGCUAGGGUUAAAGACUUGCUUACCAUGAAUGAAGCAUUGAAACAAGCUAGAAAAGCAUUUGAUGAAGCAAACUACAGAUCUUGA